CGUCGUUAUUUGGCGAGUCGACGGCUUCGUAUCUUUUUCUGAUCUGCAUCGAGCUUAUUUUUUCUCCAGCAUGAGGUCCAACCUACCAGCCUUUUUCCGGCAGGGAUGCGGACGUCUCUCGCAGUGACUUUUGGUGUGUGCUCAUAUGCCUCGAAGACGCGACAGAUCUUUGGGAGUUUUCAGUUUCGUCAUUAGCUUCGCUGGCGUCUUCGCGCUGCUUCACUCAAAUAGAAUUCCUGUAUCUGACUGUAGGCCAUCGUCUGUCCUCGAUUGUGUGCGGUCUUCGACUGUCUUCCCUCCUUUGUUCAGUAGUUCCAUCCGAUGGGCUGGCUUCGAGUGAGCACGUAGUUUGUUGGCUG